CAAAGCGAUAUGAAAGGUGUAAUUUGGUCCGGAAGACUCGCCUGUAUAACCUUAAUGACUAUAUUUGUUAUAGGUUUAACUGAGUCACGAACGUUAUCAGAAGACAAUUUUUACCCUGGAUCACAUGCUAAACGUAACUCAUGGUGGAGCAAGAAGUCAUUUGGUGACGAUGUUGUGAAAUUAAGUGGAAACAGAAUUUCUGAAGAUGGUUGUAACUGUGAGACUUCUCUAAGAAUUCACAAAUGCUAUGCUACACACUGCGUGACGGGCUUCCUCCACUGUUUACGUAAUGCAGUCAGUGAACAACACUACUCUAUAUGCCACGAGGAACAUAACCUGUGUCUGUCUAAAUGUUACAGGCUGGAGGAAGACAACUUCUGAUUGUCCAGUUCCUGACUGGACAAAAUUUCUCAUUUCUCUUGACAUUAAUAUUGUAAUAUUGCUAUGAAUGUUAUGAUUUGAAAAAUAAACUGCAU